UUAAUUUUUUACACUUGCUUCAUAUUUCUAAUUCACACUUACAUAGACUUUGGCUUUUAUACACCCCACCCUCUUAAGCCGUCAAUCCCUUACCCAUGGGAAAGAGCGGCCGUAGCUCUGGCAGGCGCAAGAAUGGGCAGCCUACCUCAGCCAAACGCAGCCACCGCGAGCACCAGCACCAGGACUUUUCCGAACUAGGCACGGCCGAAUGCGGCUGCGCCAUCCCGCCCUCCGACGUUGCUUCGGCGCAAUCUCAGAUGUACCUUGCGGCGCCAGCGAGUCCGUCAGCCGAGCAAUGGGCGCAGCAGCGCAACAGCAUGAGCCGGCCACGGGGCUCCGACCAGAGGCUCUACGAUCUGCUGUGCACCCACGGGGCGUCCGAGGGCGACAAUAACUCGCAGCGGCAAAAGUCCAGCGGCAGCCAGGGCAGCCGGUCCAAGGGCAGCAACGAGCACAACCUGGCGAGCGUCAUCUCGCACUAUAUGGGCGGCAUGGACUCUGACAGCACGACAGACUUGCUGGCGUCCAGGUACUACGGCAAUAUGGACCAUAUGGGAACUGCCGAUAGGCUGCCGAGGCCGAUGAACAGCACACUGCCGCUGUUUUCGCCGAGCGUACCGAUAGACGAGGAGCCCGCCAUGCGCCCUUUGGCUCCAGCGCAGCCCGUGCAGAGCGCUGCUGAGCUGCACGAUGCCAACUUCCCCGAGCUCCCGUGCAAUGCCGUGGCUGAGGCCAGCGACGCAGACGGGGCGGGCGGCCGGGCGGGCGGCUCUGCGAGCAAGGCGCCCCUCGCGGCGAUCGAUGCUGGCGACACGAGCCUCGGGCUUGGCAUGCAGCUGGACGAGCGCCCGGCGUCGCAGGUCCGCACGCGGCGGCCGCCGAACAUGGGCGCCACGCAGUACACACCGGCCGCAGCCACCAAGAAGGCUGCGCUGGCUCGCGGCGCGCCCGGCAUUUCGUACAUGUUUUCGCCGAGCCUCGGCUCGAGCCGCCCGUCCAGCGUCGCGGGCAUCAACACGUCGCCGCACACUCCGUCGCAGAAGGUCGUGCCCACGCAUCUCGCAGACAUAACUGAGUCGGCCAUGGCGGAGACGCCGGGCGCAAGCCAGGCUGCGGGCGAGCACCAGAGCGACACCGAGCCCGCCAGGGCGCCAAGAACCAGGGCGUAUGGGUCGAUCAAUAUUGAGGCCUUGGAGCAGUUUCUGGACGAGGGCGAGAUCCCCGACUCGACGUCCGAAGACGAGAGCAGCGACGACGGCUUUGGCUGGGCCGCGGACUCCUCAGCCACAACUGGCUCGCCGUCGACGCAGUCGUGCAGCGACCAGAGCACUUUCCCGAGCAGCAGGAGCAACAUCUGCCUCUCCCCAUCGUCCGUGGCGGACGAGCGGGCGCCUUUGCUCGAGCACACAGCAAUUAAUAUUUCAACCCUGCAGCUUGUCAGCGAGGCGGGCAACUUUGCGAUGCCGGCCAACGUGCCCAACCGCAGCGCUCCCCAGCUUGGCUCCCACGCCCACCCAGCGCAGAAGACACCGACGCACAGGAAAAAGAGCUACACGCGCGGCAAGCAGCGGCGGCGGCACCACGAGGAGCUGUUCCUGGACCAGGAUGGUUUCAUCGACGAGUCGUACCGGUUCACGUUCUUUAACCCGGCAGUCGGCACAAUCCGGGCGCAGGAGUUUGCCGACAUGCGCACACCCGCAAUGGACCUGUCGGCGCUGCUGCAGGUCGGCGGGUGCUUCUGGAUCGACGUUCUGCGGCCGUCGUUCCAGGAGAUGCACCUGAUCAGCAAGAUCUUUGGCAUCCACACGCUGACGGUAGAGGACAUCAUGACGCAGGACAUGCGGGAGAAGUGCGAGACCCAUGCCAACUACUACUUUGUGUGCUUCCGGUCUUUCGACAAUGACCCGCACAGCGAGUCGUACUUGGCGCCAAAGUGCGUCUACAACAUUGUGCUGCGCGAGGGCAUCAUCACCUUCCACAUGGAUCCGUCGGUGCAUCAGUACCAUGUGUUGCGCCGGAUCCGCCGCCAGAUUGACCACAUUGUGGUCACUCCCGACUGGCUCAACUACGCGAUCAUCGACGACAUCACUGAUCUGGUGGCACCCAUUCUGCAGCUCAUCGAAUUUGACGUAGACGCAAUUGACGAGCUUGUCCUGGUGAUAUCGUCCACGGAGCAGUCCGACAUGUUGCUGAGGAUCAGCACGGCGCGCAAGCGCAUAAUGAUGGCCCUGCGUCUGCUGCAGGGCAAGGCGGACGUCGUGCGAGCUCUAAUCAAGCGCUUCGAGACUGCAACAGCAAUGAGCACUAACCAGUUCCAAGCCAUUGCCAGUUUAGCCGACAGACCCUUCCAACGACCAAUAAUUGCGGUGCCCGAGGGCACUGCUAUUGAGAUGGCGCUGGACCAGCGGAAGGGCCAGGAGACGCUGCUGUACUUGGGCGACGUGCUCGACCAUAUCGUGACGAUGACGCAGAAUGCCGCGCAUUAUGAUAAUAUUCUGGGCGCGCGCAUGCUAACUACUUGGCGCAGAUCUCGAUCGA